AUGGAUCCUCUCGAGGAUCCCUUCUAUCUCCAUGGUUCCGAUCAACCAGGAUUGUUGUUGGUAGGUGAGAAGCUGACCAGCACCAACUACAAUGACUGGAGUAAGGCGAUGCUGAACGCCUUAGCCGCAAAGAAAAAGCUUGGCUUCGUCAAUGGCACCAUUGUUGCCCCUGCAGCCACAGAUGCUCAGUUCUCCUCUUGGACAAGAAACAAUGUCAUGGUACUCAGCUGGAUCCAACAAACUGUAGAACCUGGCAUCAAGAAGACCAUCAUGUCUUGCAAGCUCGCUUCUGAAGCCUGGCUCAGCCUCAAAUCUAGGUAUGGUCAAGGUGAUAUGAUUCGAGUUGCAGAGUUAAUCGAGUCUAUUGGUACCAUUAAGCAAGGUAACCAAACUGUUACAGAAUACUAUGGGAAUCUGAUAGCUUUACAUGAUGAACUGGACAACUAUCAACCCAUAGAUCCAUGUCGUUGUACUCCCACUAGUCCUCAUACCUGUCCUGCUAUGAAUGCUGUGGUAGGAUACAAGGAAACCAAUUUUGUCAUCCAGUUUCUUAGGGGCUUAAAUGAUAAUUUUGCCUUAGUCAGAUCGCAAGUCCUGUUUGGGGAUGCCCUCCCACCUAUAGAUUGUGUUUUCCAGAGAGCCCUCCAGCAUGAAAGACAACUUUUUGGUACUCAACAAGGCAGAAUGAUUACCUCACAUCCCACUGCCUUUCCUAUUCAAGGCACUAAACGCCCUUACACCUCUGGCAAACGCCCUCACUGCAUUUUUUGCAAUGCUCCUGGUCACAUCGAGGACACAUGCUAUCACAAACAUGGCUGGCCCCCAGGUCUCACACCUAGAGGUUCUAAUGUGACCCCAAACCCCUCUGCCAAACCACCAGAAUGCACAUUCUGCAGAAGACUAGGUCACACUGAAGACAAAUGCUUCAAAAAGCAUGGCUAUCCUCCCAGCUCUCAACCAAGAUCAACUCCCUCCACUCGAGGCAGAUCCUUCAUCAAUGCUGCUGAUAGCAGUUCUUCCUCAGAUACUCCUCAAGAGUUCAAACUCACUAAAUCUUAG